AUGAAGACCAAGAUGAAGACCAAGAUGAAGACCAAGAAGAAGACCAAGAAGAAGACCAAGAUGAAGACCGAGAUGAAGACCAAGAUGAAGACCAAGAAUAAGACCAAGAAGAAGACCAAGAUGAAGACCGAGAUGAAGACCAAGAAGAAGAAGAAGCUACAUCCCCAAAUCACAAAUGAGUUAAAAAGGAGGUCCCGUGGAUGCAUCCCCAUCUACCUGGCGGAGGUGCUUGAGUACCAGACUGCUGAGAUCCUGGAAUUAGUGGGAAACACAGCUCGUGACUACAAGCCCAGGAUCAAUGACGAGAAGCUCAACAAGCUGCUGGGAGGAGAGACCAUGGCUCAGGGAGGAGUCCUGCCCAAGAUUCAGGUGGGCCUGCUGCCCAAGAAGACUGAGAAACUUGCCAAGUCCAAGUAG